AUGACACACGUCGCUCAGAGAAACAAUCACGUUCUUCAAAUGUUGAAGAGACUGAAAGAAACAUUAGAAAAUGAUAAAAAGAAAUAUGCAGAUAAAGUAAAUGUGCUUGUUAUGACCUGGGAAAGAAUAGCAGCAUCUGCCAAAGAACAGCGACCACUGGCUGCCAUUUGUAUUGUGGAAAAAAUGUAUAAAGAUACAUUAAAUAUAAUGCUGCAAGGAGAAUGGCCAAAAAUGUCACCUGUGUCAAAAACUCAUUUGAUGCAAAUGCUUAAUCGUUGUAGAACAGAUUUAUGUAAAGAAAUGCCAUGGCUAAAUAAAAAAUUUAAAAAAUUAGUCGAAUUAGUUAAUGAUCCAUGGACAUUACCAAGCCUCGAAAGAAUUUUACAUAAAGAUCCCAGUCCAGCAACACCAGAACAAAUUAUUGAAUUCUGCGAAUCAGAAAGGGGUCUUUUAAUAGUCACUAGAUUAACCAUGUUGUGUUCAAAUAGGUGUGAAAAAGUUGCUAUAAAGCUUGCUGAAGCUUGCUUUGGAGUACUUAGUAAUGGAAAUGUUGCCCUAAUGAGUUUUUUUACAAUUAAUGAGUACAAUUUUAUUUUUGAUAUUUACCUCUGCCUCUUAUACAAAUAUAAAAAAUUAGAGUGUAUCAUUAAUGCUUUAAAGUCGGUAUCCAUCAACAAUGGAUAUUAUCUUGUUGUUCGCCUUAAAAAGCGAAGUGAUAUUCAUGAGCAAAAAAUAUGGAAAUUUUCACAUCAAGUUGCUGCAGUGGCCUCAAGAUAUUUUGUUACAAUAUCUAUGCUGUCUAGAACCAUACCUAAUUCAAAUCAUCUAAAAAAUUUAAUCAAUGAGUGGCUGUCUACAUGUAACCCUGCAGAAAAUGACAUAGAUAAUGAAGUUCGAAAAGUAAUGCAACCAGCUGAAACUUCCGAACACAUUUAUUUGAUGGCAGAAGUUUUAACCGAGCUGUCUCAAAAGUUGGGAAAUCAAACUUAUAGUUCUUUAAUCAUGGAGUUAUAUAUUAGGGCAUUGACUGCUGAUAUUAAUUAUUUAGAAAGAGUCAAACUUCAAAAUGAUAAAGAUCAAAUGACGGCUUAUGAAAAACAUUUAGCUUCUAAAUUUUUAGCCUUGGCAGAUCUUGUGAAAGAUCACAGUGGAGUUAGGCGAGAGUUUGUACUUACUGCAUUUUCAAUACAUCCAUCAACUGAAAUUUAUCAAAGAGUUGAAGAAGAAGCUGUAGCCAGUGGUAAAUUAUCUCCACAUUCCACAUCUCAGGAAAGUCUUGAAGUUGGUGUUCUCUCUGAAGGUUUAUCAUCUUUAUCUAGUGAAGAAACUGAGGGAAAAGAAACGACAACAGACUAUUCUGUGAAUAAUGAUUCUCAAGAUAGUGGUGCAUUUGUUGAGAUAUCCAAUCGAUGUGCCCUACAUUUGCCAUACGAUGGUGUUGGUCCAGAAGGAGAACUCUGCUUCCAAUGCGGAGAUUUUACGGGUACUCCAACUUCUCAAAAAUCCGUGGAUCGUGAACAAAAAAAGAAGGAAAGAAGUUUAGACGCUUUAAUUUUGAUCAAAGGAAGUACGGUUACGGAAAGUUUAAAUUACGAUGUUUUGUCAGCUCCCAGUCAAGUAUUAGAAGCCGAAAAACUUGGCUUAUCACCCCAAGUUUGUGCCGACCUUGUAACUUUACUCGGUUCAAAUAGAUAUCAUUUGUUAACGUGGGUAUUAGAAUGGGGUGAAUUAUCUAGUCGAUGUCUCAGAUAUAUGGAUGAAGCAGACACUAUUAAAAGUGGUAAAAAAGAAUUAAAAUUUUUAGAAAUCGAUUAUAAUCAAUAUAAAGAUUGGCCUGAAAACGACGAUGAUGAAGCCGAUUGCAUUGAGAAAGGUUACGAACAGUGGUUGGAAGAUGAAAAUACUGAAACUGAUUUCGAUACCGACUCCAAAAGGAGUAAUACGGACGAUUCUGAAGAAUUAUUGAUUAAAACAGCUUUAAAAAGAUCUCAAAAACAAAUGGGCCGAUACGCAGAAUCAUCUUCUGAUUCAGAGGAUUCUAGGAGCAGGCCUAGAAACAGAAAGAGAGGAAGACCUCGAAAACGUUUAAAAUCAUUUUCAGAUUCAGGAAGUGUUAGUGAUAGUUUAGGAAGCGAUGGGCAAAAACAAAAGCGAAGUAAAAAAUCACGGGCUAAAUCCAAAGAUCUUAGAAAAACUCUCGGAAGGUUAAAAAUAUUGGAAAUGGCAAAUAAUUCAAACACUUUAUCUUCCAGUAACGAUUGCUUUUCAUCCGAAAUAGUAGCUAGUAAAAUUUACGGAUUACCCGCGGCUGCUAAUAAUGCUCAAAGUAAUCAAGCUGUUUUAAAGUCAUUACGAGCUUUUCGGCCGAAUGCGCACAAAACCAAAGGGGAUGAACUUGUAGAAUCGGUUAAUGAAAAUUGUUAUAAUUCGAAUACGUUAGGGGGAAAAAUGAUUUUAAAUAACAAAAAUACGGUUUUUGAUUGCAAUGAUAACAAAUUUAUCACACAAAACGAACGGUUUUCUUUCGGAGGUAAAGACAUGGAACUGCAUUUCAGAACGGGUGGGGUUCAAACGAAAAAAUACAAUGAUAUGAUAAGAACGAUUAAAGAAGAUUUAAUAUCGGUGUCAAAUAUUCCUAACGUUACUAAUAAUGCUACGGUAAAUGUUGUUCACGUUCAUGAUUCUCAAGGAGUGGAAGGAUCUCAAAAUGUACAAUCCUCAGCUGUGACGACGCAAACUACUACGGUAACGUCUUCCACAGUAUCACGAAACACGACUUUAACAUCAUCCACAUCGAAACCUAAAACGGAAGGUGAAUCGCAAGGAUCUCGAAAACCGCCUACAUCUAGUCAGCCUUUAAAUCAAAAUGCAAUAGUUAAUUACCUGAGUACGCCCGUUACAACAAACGCUUCUGUAUUAUCUUCAGCCUUGACGAGAGUUACUCCGAUCAGCAGAUCCGGAACAACUUACGUUACAACUAAUCAGAUUUUGUCAGCAACUGGAGUGAGACCGGGUGGUAGUAAAAUUAUUGGGCAACCUCAAUACAUGGCUAUCGUGAAUAGAACUUCUCUUAACCAAAGCAAUUUAACUGGUCCGGCUCAAAAUACAGACUGUCAAAACACAACAAACUCCGUCGUUGGCUUUAUUACUACUUCUAACAGUUUAAAAAAUUCUACGCAAAGUUUUGCAAUCACUCAACCGGCUCGAGCACCAGUUCAAACUGCUCGAGUCGUAACCGUACCUGGUGUGGAUGCCACCAGAGUUGUUGUCGAAAGUGAUAGACCAAAUGUGAUAUUAGGUAAAAGUUUCGGAGUUCAAAAUAUCAGAGAUGGAAUGAGUCCGGUAUUCAAUCACGUGACUACCGGUUCAAACAGUGUCACACAAGUGAGAAAAAUUGAAGAAUCUAAUUCGAAUGUAACGAGGUCCAACGCGGCUUUAAAUUCUACUCCAGAUGUCUCCGUUCAAGGAGUUUCAAAUUCACGGUCAUCGUUGGAAAAUUCUAAUCUUACUCAGAGCAAUAUUCCAUCCAAGGUAGAUGCAACUAAAACAAAGCCUUCAAACGAAACGACAAUGUUAAGUGUUAUCUCAGGAUCUAACGUUAAUUAUAUAAAUACUUCGAAAGCGAAUACAUUGCGAAUCGCAUCAGACGGUGACGGUCAUUUUUUGACGCGAAAUAAUACAGUUGCGAAAAAUUCUGUCGUAACUAAUUUACUGACAAAUCAAGUUCCACAAACAUUUCGGGUUAACAAUGCCAAAGCGCCUCAUACUGUUAUACUGCAAAAAAACCUACCCGCUACGAAUAGGAAUACGUUGGUAAGUGACGCUUCAAGCACAAAACGCAAUGUAUCCGUUGUCAAAGCCCAAACAACAAACAACAGUACAGAAAAAGUUGUUAUAGAACAAGAAGACGUAUCGACUCACCCCGCGUUUAUUAACAGUGUCUCUGGCGUGGCUCCGAUCACCUUAGAAUUGAAAAACGUUGGCCCUGUAGGAACUCCUACGACCAAUGCUUUUAACAAUAGGAGUUACAUUUCUUCGAAUGCAAUUAGUAAUAAAUUACCUUUUAACGAAGUAGUAAGAAUCGUUCCGAGUGGAUCCGGUUUAAACCAAAGUGCGCAAUCUCUCGAAAACGUAGAAUUGAAUACAUCCACCGCUGCAACAAGUCAAAAUUCAAUCGGAGAAAGCGGUGAUGUCAUAGCAAUCAUAAAUUCCUCUCCUUCCGUAAAAUUAGAUUCGAGUAGCGUGAUGCCGAAUAGAAAUAUUUUAGCGACAGUAUUGAAACGAAAUCCAAUGGGUAACGUUUUAUCUCCUAUAACCUCAUCAACUUCUCAGUAUUUAGUACCAAAUUCCCGGAAUUCAAUUCACGUGAGCAAUCAGGGUGACGGCGUUCAAAACGUGAUGAUAAGUCAAAAUUCUAAUAGCAGUACCAUUCAUUACACUGUCGUGAAUCCACUACAGCAGGAUAUUCAACCAGGCAACGCGAGUUCGUCAUCGAACGAUAUGAUGGCAAAGCAAAAUAAUUUUGAAACUCCGCAAACUGUUAUUUCAUCGUUACUGAAUCAGAUGGAAAAUUCUGACUUUUCCGGCGAAUCUUUACCCGCCGGCGUCGGAACGAACAACGGAAACAAUACUGAAUCUCCACAAGACUUGAAUGCUGGAAACCAGCAGCAAAUUGGGUUAGAAAGCAAAAAAAUGAAUAAAUCAAAUUCUAGUCCAUCGACGGUACAAACGGAAAGCGCUUUUAUUAAAAAACAAGUAUUAAACAAUCAAAAAAUAACAAUAUUGGUACAAAACAAUGAAGGAGAUGGCGAAAAGUCCGAGAAUACGUCGACGAAUAAAUUCAAUGAAUUGUUGUUCAGAGACGAUCAGAAAACAUGUAUCACUUUUCGUGCCAUUAAAAGAACGAUUAGUGAUGAAAAUGGUAGUGACGAAUCUCCUCCUCCUCCGAAGAAAAAGAAAAAUGGUUCUUCAGAUUCUUUAAACAACGGUUCAAACGGGGAUUCUCCUCAUCAAUCACCGGCAAAUUCUUCACACUCGGAUAAUAAUAAUAAAACUGAUGGAAAUUCAUCGGAAUCCUUGUGCCAGUAUUUAGUUUUAGAAGCCGUUAACGAUCCUGCGGGAACCCUACCAAAAUUUAAUCAGGCAUUUGGAAAAUCAUACCAGGUCAAAAUGCCUCAAGCAAUAAAAUCCACGGAUGAUGUCACGGAUGCGGUACCCGCGGAAGAAGAAAUUUUCGAUGAUGGAGAAUUGGAAAAAUCAGAUGGAAAAUUAUCGGAUGAUUCGAGAGCAUCUUCUUUGACCGUUUUAAAUCAAGUUCCUGUUACCGAGACACCGAGGGAAUCAUCAAACACGUUUGAAGAAAUUGUACAAAAACCUGUAAAAAGUGUAUAUAUUGACAAAGAAGUUAAAUUGAAUAUGCAGGAGGGUUCUUCUGGGAAAGUCAACGAGGGAGCGGCUCUCGAAUCCGCAAACAUAUCGACAAUACACAUGACGGAAGUACAACAUCAACAACAACAACAGCAACCCCAGCAGCAGCAGCAACAAACGAAUUUUAACAAUUAUUCAAAUGCGCCCAAAGUCGCGAGGUCUUCUGUCGUGCAACAGCUGUUGAGAAAAGUACCAACAACGGGGCCGUCAACGCUCCAGGCUGUAAAUUCCAUCAAUACGGUUACGACGAAACAAUUAAAAACACAAGAUGCCGUUUCCGGUUCUACAUUUAUUUACACAACAGAAACUAGAGCUCAGUCUCAGAUAGUAAUACAAAGAGCUGUCGGACGUAUUAAUACCCCAACCAUAAGUCAGGUUGCACCAAUUAUUUACACUCAAAAUCCUGGAGAUCAAACGGCGGCUCCCACUCAAACUUUACUUUUGGCUGCCGUACCUACCGGAACGAGGGGCGUGGCACCGGGAACGCAGCUGUUGCGAAUACCUUCUAGUUCAGGAGUGUGGAAAAUGGCAUCUUCGGUUAAUCCUCCGAAAAUUGUUCAAUUAAAACCAACUCAAAAUUUAGUUCUUCAAAAUAAUCAAGAUCAGAAUUUAUUGUUGCAAAGCGGACAACCUUUGCUUCUUCACCAUUUGACAAGUCUUCCAAUAAAGCCUAUAAGUGUAGUUGCCAGCACUACGAAAACAAAUCCAACCGUUAAAAUGGAUGUUAAAAAUGAUUUAAAUAUGGAUCCGGGGAAAAUGUGUUCGUUGCCACUCGAAGUGGAUCAAACGACAUUGAAAAACGAUACCACGAGUCCAUCGGCAUCCGUUUCAGAACACGAAACCGUUUCACUCAUGAAAGAUAUAAAAGAAUUUGAAAAUGUAUUCGAGGAAACGAAGUUAAAAUUUGAAAUGGAAGAACAACAGGGUAAUUGUUUGCCGGAUAUUGAAAAUGUUUCCACGAGUAAAAAUCCACUACCUCCCCAAGUGAACGUUCAAACGGGAGGAACCAACACUCAACCGGUACAACAAACGGUUUUGGUUCAACCGCAAUUGAUGCUUCACAAGCCGCAAAUGAUAAUAACAUCAGCGGUACCGAAUCAACAAACGAUUUUCACACAAAAAGUUGACAGCAAGCCUUUAACGAUGGAAAAAGAACCGGAAAAAAGAUUAAUACUGACGGCAAAUCCAAAAUUAUCCAUCGAUGACAGUUCUUCAUCUCACGUUGCCGUUGCUUACGUGAGUCGUUCGACACCAACAUCGGCAAACGUACAGAAACCUUUGGUCGUCGUCACGAAUUAUGCCCAACCAUCGACGUCACCGGCUCCGAGCAUAACAUCUCAAAAUUCAUCGAGUCCGAACAGUGGCGUGAGUUCGGUAUCAUAUUCGGGUUCGGGUAGUUCUUCUUGUAAAACACCACCCAAAUCUAAAUCUAGAAACGUUAAAACGGUUGUUAAUCCAUCGAAAUCUCCUCCCGUUGCAAAACCGCAACAGAAACCACAAGAAGAUGCCAACACAGCUCAAAAGAUAUACGCAAUUUUAGAGGAAUACGCGGUUCAACUCCGUAAUUCUCCGGACAUGAACAACCGACCAGCACCGCGUCGUCGUUCGAAUCCACCCACGAGUACAAAUUCUAAAAGGAAAAAAACGGUUUGCAAAAAUAAAGAAUCAUUUUCCGAUGGAGACGAUACCAAUUUUGUCGAAGAUAGUACCGAACCUUUACCGAGUAGCGAGGAUAGUUCGAGCGGAGUGACGGUUCUUCAAGUUUGCGUAUCUUCCUCGCAUUAA